AUUACUCUAAGGCGGAACCAUAGCAACCCAGGUCCUCAGUUUCUACACGGAUCUAUUUGUAACGCGGACCGCAGCAGGAAGACCUGACGAAAUGGAAGUGAAAAACGCAAGUGCUGCUAUGCUGAGCAACUAUGAGGUGUUCAAACUCCUCACCGACCUGAAGGAACAGAGGAAGGACAGCGGGAAGAACAAACACAGCACGGGGCAGCAGAACCUCAACACCAUCAUGUAUGAGACGCUGAAGCAUCUGUCAAAGACGCCGUGCAGCAGGCAGAGUCCAGAGAUCGUCAAAGAGUUCCUGAACACCAUGAUGCCUCAAAAACUCACCAAGGCAGAGAAAUUAAUGAUCCUGAACCAUCGGCCACAGACAGCAGUGGAAAUUCAGCUUCUGGUGGAGGAGAGUGAAGAGCGGCUCUCAGAGGAGCAGAUCGAGGAGCUCAUCCAGAUCGUCUCGGGUGCUCUACCUGGUGACCCGGAGCAAGAAAACGCAGAUGCAGAGAUGGAGGAAGCUGCUGAAAAGUCAUGACACACUGACGGGCCAGAGUGACACAAACUGGAGUCUGUGACUCAUACGGAACUGGACUGGUUGCUUUUACCUGCACCGUUUUGAAUCCCUGUUUGAACUGGCUGACAGAAGGGAUACACAGUGGCCGCCUGAUCAUCAUUACAGCUGCUUCUUGUGUUUACUUAAUCACCUCCUCAUAAGAACAGGUUCUGGUGCAGUGAGUCACAGAGGUUUGGCAUCAGGUUGGUCUACUUUGUGUUCCAGCUCAGAUAAUACCAAUGCUGUGCUCACUGCGGUGUGUAUAUAUAUAUAAUCUGGCUCCUGACUUAAUGCUUUAUGUCACUUUCCACCUUGGUGCAUAAAAUAAGAGGUUUUCACUGCUGUAUGAUUUACCAAGCUAGUCAUGCAAUCGACUUAAACUACCAUCAGGUCAGACAAGAAUACCAUAGCAGCUGUGUACCAACAAACAUGUGUACAAUGGAGUGAUUGUUUCAUGCUUUUUUCUUUUACAACAUGCUGUUUUCAUUCUGUGACACAAUGAAGAAUAUCUGCUGGAAUGUGUGAGGAGCUUUUUUUAAUAAACGAGCAAAGAAAGCUGGA